CCCGAAUACCACUUUUGGGUACCAUAGUCGAACCCCCUAUAUGAAAAUCUCUCUCUCUCUGUCUCUCCCUUCCUCCCUCCUUUCUCGUCUCGGUCGUUUGCUGUGUUCCAGAUAGCUGAUCAUGCAGGCCAGUGACAGGUUUAAUAUCAAUUCCCAGCUUGAGCAUCUGCAAGCGAAAUAUGUUGGAACUGGGCAUGCAGACUUGAACAGAUUUGAAUGGGCAGUGAACAUCCAACGUGACAGCUAUGCUUCAUAUGUUGGACAUUACCCUAUGCUGGCUUAUUUCGCCAUUGCUGAAAAUGAAUCAAUUGGAAGAGAACGAUACAACUUUAUGCAGAAAAUGCUUUUGCCUUGUGGACCUCCCCCCGAAAGAGAAGACGAUUAAAAGUUAAUGUUCCAAUGGUGAAAAAGAACCUUCUAAAUUAUGCUAUUUACAAGCGAUGGAGUUCUGUUUGUACUAGUUUGGUAUAUGCUUUUAUGUCAUUGUUAUGCAAUUAGUUCCAAGGACCAACAAAUACCAAAAUGAUGUAUAACUUUGGAAUUGAGACCCAUUUGACCCUUGUUUGUCCAGAUAUUUUAUCCUAAGAAUUUAUAUGUAGUAAUGUGCGGUGUUGUUUUA